UGUGUAUCGAAGGCGUCAUCCGUGACCUUGACCGCGUCUUGUAUCGUGUGAUUAAAACAGUCUUUCAUGGAUAUUCCCACAGUCGUCCUCCGUCUUAAAAAGCCACACCGCUUUAAUCAUAUCGUUUGACAUUAUGUGCUGGGAGAGAUAUAAAGUCGUUGCUCUCUCUCCAGGUCGGGAAAAGGCCAAAUUUACCGACUGGUCAAAGAGAGCCAAAGACAUAACCAGGGCAAGACCAGACUCCUGAAUGUCAAGCAGGGGGACAUUCCUCAAACCUCAGCCUCUGGCAUGCAGUAAAUCUGCCAGAGAGAGACCUACACUCUCUUGUCUGCCAAGAACCAGGGAGGGACGUGCAGCUAAACACUACCUAUUUAUCAGUUCUCAGCCUCAUAUUUUCUCUCUGCGGCCCAACCGUACAACCACGGCCUACCCGUCUGCUAAAUGUCCCGCAAGGGCGUUUUGCGUCUGCCAGAGGCAAAAAGUGCAAUGGAUCAAGUGUGAGCCUGUAUACCCGAGCAGUGGCACAGCACGUCUGGCAGGCAUGCAGGGCACAACCACCAAAAAGCUCUGCUCUCUUGUUCCACCGCCAAGCCAUAAUAACAGCAGUAAGGUUGGGGAGGCUCGUUAACCUUAAUCUAGGAAUUACACUGUGGCACCAGGGAGAGGAGGACGUGUUGUGUUGUGUUGUGUGCUUGUACAUAGGAGCUGGAAUUAAACAUUUACCACAGAGGGGGGCGGUGGUGGUGGUGCUGCUGCUGCUUUAAACAGCACAGAGUGUGAGAGUGGUGGUGCAUGCAGUUCACAGAGUGAGGUCUGGAGCCUCACCUGGGCUGAAGUCACUCCAACACUGUGUACCCUGUUUGAUGCAGGAGAAUUUAAUCUUUUUAUUAGCCUGUCCCUCCCUCUUGUGGUUGAAAUGAAUUACUGCACAGUUAAGCCUCCACUACUGAGAAUAUGAACUGGUUCAGUCUGUGCCCAACAGGAAAUCAUGAAUUAAAGCUAUCUAGAUGUGUUAUAUGUAGCCUACCUUUUUGAAGCAGGGUUGUGUAGUAAUGGAUUACAUGUGAUUGGAAUAUCAUAUUACAAAAAAUGAACACGGAGGACAAACAGCCCAGAUGACAUUCGAAAAAAGGAUUCAAGGAUCAAGGAUUACUUGAUUACACUUUCAAUAACGUCUGUAUGAAAUUGUCAGUUUUUAAUCAUGAAACUCUGUUUCUGCCAGUUCGCCAGUUUUGUUAACGGUGACCUAACUAAUGUUUGUUUUAUCUUUUUUAAGUAAUGAAAACUGAGUUUUUAUGUCCCUGUUUUUUUUAAAUCUACAUUGAAAAUGGAUGAACUUUAAAUGCAUAUGAGUAUCUGUGAUUUGAUUAUUUGCUAGAUUUUGAUAUUGAUCUGAAAGCAAAAGUGAUGUUUUUUCUAAACAAGUGGGUGACGGAGGCAGAGUGGGACACACCUGAGUGAGGCAGCCAAGAAAAACAAUCCUCCAGAACUCCUCUGACCUGUUUUCCAGGCAGCCAGGAGAUAAGUUGAAUCAUGACUGAAUUAUGAUAACGUCCAUCCCUUAAAGUAUGUUGAUCGCCAUAUUGAUUGAAUUCUCCUCGUUGACAGACAGGAGGCCAGUGUAGAUUGCUGAGAAGUGGAGUGAUGUGAUCUACUAUUUCGGUUCUUGUUAGGACUUGACUAGCAGCGUUCUGUAUCAGCCACAGCUGUCUGGUGGAUUCUUUGCUGUGAAGACACCAAAUCUCGCUGAGACAUAAGUCCUUUUUGUCCUUGAUAUAUUCUUAAGGUGAUAGCAGGCUGACUCUGUAACUGUUUUAGUGUCACUGCUGAAAUUCAGGUCUGAGUCCAUGAUCAAACCAAGAUUUCUGUCUCAGUUUGUAGUUUUUUUUUUCAACAUUACAGAUUGAAGCUGAGCAGAAACUGUUAGUACAGUGUGUAAAGACAGGAAAAGGCCGGGGACUUAACUGUGGCUGCACGGGAGCCCCUCAAAAUGACUGUGCAUCUCAAUAUAAAGAACUAUUAAGGCAUAGUAAGACAUUACAUCUAACAUCAAACAAAUCAGUAUGUAGACAAGGCAAUUCAUUGUCAUUACAAGAUUGCUCCAACGUGGGUGUCUCGUUUGGUUGGGUUCUACUGACAGGACAACUACGGGAAGAAGAAAUGGAGGCGGCUCUAUGCAUUGCUUCAGUGAGAUUUCCAAAGAAGACUGUAAGAAGUUCUUCCCUCCUUUGUCAUGACCUCUGAAGCACUCCCACAGACGCAGAAACCCGCCCCUUUCAGGGUACUUCACCUUACUGAAACGAACACAUUCACGCUGCUCACAUCUUGAGACAAUAUUAGAAGAGAGGAAGCAGUCUGGCCAAAAUGGGCUCAACUACAGGAGAAGUUGACAUGUCAGGAACCUCUGGUGUGGACUCUGGAAGUAACUUGACCUUCCUGGAUUCUGAAUUUCGUUAUGUCCUCUUUCCAGUCGCCUACAGUAUCAUCUUUGUCAUUGGACUUGUUGAGAACAUCUACGUGCUGUAUGUCCUGCGCUGCCUCCGCGAAACCAAGAAUAUGGGCGAAAUCCGCAUCUACAUGACAAACUUGACCAUCGCUGAUCUUCUAUUUGUGCUCGCUCUUCCCUUGUGGAUUGUUUAUUACAGUCGCCGAGGUGAUUGGGUCUGCAUAGACUUCUGCCGGCUUAGUGGUUCGUUGUUCUUCAUCAACACCUACUGCUCCGUCCUCUUCCUCGGAGCCAUCAGCGUCAACCGGUACUGGGCUGUCACCCAGCCUCUGGAUGCUGCCUCUUCGGACCACAGAUGUCGUGGGAUCAUCGUGUGCGUCAUCAUCUGGGUGUUGACCGUGUCAAUGGCUGUUCCAUACCUGGUAUCUCCAGGGACCAACCCUGACAAGAACUUCACUCGCUGUUUUGAGGGGUACCAGAAUCAAACAGAUUUAGAAAAGAAAAAAUUGGCUGCCCGUCAUUUUACAAUAAUUGGAUUAUUUUUUGUUGUCUUUUUCCUUGUCGUGGUGUGUAAUUUCCUUAUUGCUCGGGCAUUACUUUCUCAAAGUCCCGGUCAGUCUAUGAUUAUAUCUAAAAAGUCCACCAGGACCACGUCUUCGACAUCUAGAAGACCCAGAGGCACGAAAAGGAGGGCCCUGCAGAUGUUGAUAGCUGUGGUGGGGGUGUUUGUUCUGUGUUUCCUGCCCCACCACAUCAUUCAAGGCCCUUGGACACUGGCAGCGUUGCAGAUCGAGGAGGGCUGGGGCCACGUAAAGUGGAGCGAGGAGACUCGUCAGGUGUUGAGCGACGCGCAUCAGCUCACUUUAGUUCUCAUGGGCCUCAAUUGCAUUUUGGAUCCAAUAGUUUAUUGUUUCGCCACAAGGAAGUUCAGAAGAUUCAUCAUGGACCACAUUAAAAAGUUUGGAAAGGGAGAGGACUUUUCAAAGAAGGCCAACACACAGCUGCCCAUGGACAGCAGGAAUCAGAGAAUGAGACCCCAGAACGAGGACCAACAGCACGAAAUGGACUGAUUUAAACAAGGUAGAUAUGUUAGUGUAUGUGAAAGAGACAAGAGCACAUACAGCAUGAUGUUGCACCUAUAGCUGAUUGUCUGUGUGGUAUUUGUAGCUACACCCACAGAAUCACUUUUUAAUGUGGCUUAUUGUAGUUUUGCAAGCAGAAGCAAUAAAAUAUGUGUGCAUACCGAUGACUGUCUCCAUCAGAUACGUGACACGCUUGGCUUUGCCUAGGCACGUUCUAUCUGGUUUUGUAAGACCAGGGAAUAAACGUAAGAAAGCUUGAGCUACAUUUCCCCUCCGGGGAACAUACUGUAAAAUUAUCCCAUGAUUCACUGUGACCAAGAAAGCUAAUGCUUAUCAUUAUUAUUCAGAUUUCUGCUGUAUUUACAUUUGAGCCUACCUGCUGUUGCUGCAUUUUUUGUUUUUAAUAGUGCAAGUUUUGUGAUCUUGUGUUGGUCUUUGAUCCAAAAAGUGGUGUUGCUGGUUUGACUCCCUAAGUCUUGAAAUAAAAGUUUUAUUUCUGUGUUCAA